AUGGCCUGUUUAGAGAAUAUGGAUUCAGAGAGAGAAGAAGGUGAAAUUGUUGACGAACUUGAUAAUUUAUCAGAUAUUUCAUCUGAAGAAGAGUUUUUAUUGCGUCAACGAUUAGAGAUCCUCGAGAACUACAACAACGUCCUUGAACGUAAAGAGGCUAAAAGGUGUACCAUUGGAUCAGGUAAAUCAAGUAAAAAUAAGGAAUUUUUUUCUCCAGACUGUUUUAUUCAGGAACAGAAAGGUUCAUCCCAGCCACAAAUUUACAGGGUAAUUCGAAAUGAUAAGAUAAAUAAGAGACCAAAAAAACUUAAGACACAUGUUAAGGUUUCAAUAGGAGCUAGUAAAAAGAGCAACACCAAAGCUAAAAAACCUACAAAAUUGACAGUUAGUGAUUCUAGUGAGGAUUCCAAUGAUGAGGAAUAUAAAAAUAAGCGUCGAAAACUUGCUGAUGCUGUUUCAUUUACUACUAAAAAAAUUGAUAACUCUUCUCUUAAAGAGAGACUUGCAAAAAUGCUGCAUCCAAAACCGGAAAGCAAAAUUAUAACACAAAAUACAAUUUUAACUGGUACAACUACAAUUCCAAGUUGUAAUAUAAUUAAAUCAAUUACUGCAUAUAAUUCAUUGAGUGAAUGUAAUGAUAAAUUAUUUAAUGAAACAAAAACAGUUGAUUCAAUUAUUAUGCCUACUGAUCAUGAUUUAAAAAUUGUCUCUGAUAAGGAAAUACCUGACACUGUGGAUGGAAUUGAUAAAAGAGACGAGAGAGAAAAGAAAUGUGAUAGUGGUGGUAGUUCCGAUGAAGAUUUAGAAUUGUUAAGACAGAAUGCUUUAGAAACUAAAUCAUCGAAACAAAAUUCAGUUCUUCAGGAAGUAGUUCAUGUAGAUUUGACUAACAAUAAGCAUGAAUCAGAGGACGAAGACAGUGACACAGAAGAAUUGAGGCUGAUUUGUCUAAGAUCAGCAUUGAUCAAAAAAGCAAUAGAAAUGAAAAAGAAACAAAAGUUACAAAAAAGACUGUCUCAAAAUUCCAUAGUUUAUGAUGACUUGCUUGAUAAAUCCGAAAAUAAUGGUAACACAACUGAUGUGGAAAACAUUGAUAUGGAUAUAGGUUCAGAUGCAGAAGAAAAGGAAAAAGACCCUAUCACACAUGAAAAUAAAUUAAAUUAUUGUAAACCAGAUGAAAAAAAUAAAAAAGAAUUAAUAACGAAAAAAGAAGAAUUAGAUGAGGAUGAAGAUUUACUUAGAGCAAAAUUACUAACAUCGUUAAGUAAAAAUUUACCUAUUAUUGCUGAUAUAAACAUUUUGAAUGCAGCAAUACCAAAGACGGAGACAAAAUCUAACAAUGCUGUACCUAAAUCUAAAAUACAAGAAAAAAAGUUUAUUAUACAGCUGGGUGACUCAGACUCAGAAGCAGAACAUGAGGCAACAAAGAACUUGACAAAAAUGCAUAUGAAAUUAGCUGAACAAACAGAAUUUCAACUUAAACUUGAUCAAUUCUUAAAAUCUACUAGAAUGCAAGUUGAAAAAACCACCGUAUCUGAUGUUGUACAACCACCUGUGCCUGUGAAACCACCAAAUAAAUUUGUGCCAAAGGCUAUGAAACAUUUACCUAAAUCUGAACAAAUGGAAUAUAAAAACUUGGUAAAGAGAAUGAGAGAACUGGAAAAGCUAAAACAAUCUAGACAACUGCUGUUAAAUAAUAAUUUAAAUAAAAACAAUAACAAAGAUAUGUUAAAGCCAAGAAAUAUUUCAACAAAUGAGAGGGAGGUUAUGGAAAAAAAAUUAGAAGAAAAAAUUGCCAAGUCAAGAAAAAUUAUAGCUGAAGAGUCUGCAAAAAUGUUAAAACUUAAAGAAGAAGCUAAGAAAUUAUCACAGAGAUACAAGAUUGUUUCCAAUGAAUUAAGAAACAUCACAACAGCAAUCACAUUAAAUAAAAAACAACAAAGAACUGUUCAGAAUGGAUUAGACAAAAUAAGACUACAACAUCAGAUGUUACUGAAGAGUUCACCUAUGUCAUAUUCCACACCAAAUAAUCCUAAUAUACCAACAUUAACAAAUAAUAAGAAGCAAAAAGAAAAUGAUCCAUUUGUUAAAGAUCAUCAAAAUGCAAAUAUGUUAAAAACUGUGAAGAUUAGUUUAGUUAACAAUUUAAACAAAGAAGCAAAUUCAGUGCCUAAUAAUUCAAAAUUAUCAGUUGAAGUUGAUGUUGGUAGUAAUAAAAAAGUUGUAAAAAUUCCAAAAACUCCAGAAAGAAUCGUCGCUAUUAAUGAAAGCCCUGAUUGCAAAGAAACAAAUAAAGAUGGAGAGAAAAUAGAUGAUAAGGAAGAAAAUGGCUCAGAUGAUUAUAUUUCUCCACUAAACGCCCUGGGACGAACUGAUUGGAAAGAGGACCCCAAUGCUCUCCUGUGCCCAUACGAAGUUGACGGCAGUUGCCGAGACUCUGAUUGCAAAUUCCUACACUUACAGACACAAUGA